AUGCAAUCCACCAAUUAUCCGCUUACUUUCGAAGAUUUUCUCAAGACAAAUGUCACUCCUCAUUUUGCAUCUUUUGAACUCGAUGGUAAUAAUCGUGUUGAUGAUGAUGAUCAGGAUAGCGCUCUCCAUCACAUCUCACCAUUGGUUUCAUUCGCAUCACAAGAUGCCACUUGUCAAACAACAUCCAAUCUCUCACACUUUGAUCAGCUUUGCGAAAUGAUUUUAAGCCAACAACACUCUUGUAACAACCUUCAUCAAAACCAACCUCUGCAUCAACCCUCUCUUUCAUCUAAUACUCCAUUCGUCGUUGAUCAUUUAGAACGACAACCAUCUCAUUCAAAUCAUUCGUCAUCAUCAUUCUCCCAUAUUUCCCAACACCAUGAUCAUUCUCCUUCAUUAUUGAACUCUAUCGUUCAUAACCAAGAACUGAAGGAAUUACAAGAUAUUGAAAAUCGAUUUUUCAAAUAUUUCAAUUCCAACCAUUUAGGAUGCAACGCAAGCGUCCAUGAACACGUUGUUUCUCAUCCAUAUGUGGUGCGUUCCUAUGAUCGCUCCCAAACAACAUCUGUUAUUUCUCAUCCAGUAUUGCAUCAUGAUCAGGUUGUUAGAAAUUCAAACGCAACACCAACGAGUUCACAGCCGGGAAUAACGAAAAGCGUUACAUGUCUAAAAAAGGAAAGAGACAGCUUGAACUGUACCGACAAGGUGCACGCGACAAGUUCUUCGAAUCAUCCUCAACAUGCCAUGAACAACACCAACAUCAACCUGCAUCCUGUCCAAAAGAUUUGUAAGAAGAAAAAGGCAAGGACCAAUUCCAUGACCUCAAUGAAUCCUUCCAAAAAGAUUCCACCCACCCACACACAGAAAGAAAAGAACAGAACGAGUGUUUCUUCUACAACUUCUUCAACGAGUUCCAAUGUCUAUUACAGAGGUCAUAUUUCAAAUUCCAAUGCAUUUUCCAAAGAAUCAUUUUGGCAAUUUCAUACCUAUAGUGAAGGAAAACGAAAUCAAUGCAACAAUCUCAUCUUUUAUUAUUUUAAACCACCAUUGAGUUCUCAUCGGGCAAGAUCUCGCUCUGCACCUUGUACCAUUUCAAAAGUAAGCAGCACACAUACCUGUAGCACUCCAUCUGCAAUGGAUGUUACAACCACUCCAUGA